GAAACAAUUUUUUCUUCGUAUUUACCCGCACAGGGAAUAUACCUACAUCUGUUCCGCAAGUUCGGCAAUCAGGAAUUCGUCGACGGCGAAAGGGUAUCGAGCACAUUGACAUCUCUAUAUGGCAGGCGUGUGCGGCGGCGGAGGAGGAAACCUGUGCGCACGCGUGUGUUUGGUUUUGUAGUUCGCAUGCGGAUCAAACUCGUUCUCCAAAUGCCAACCAACCCGCGUGGAAACAGCUCGCCGUUCCAGCCUCCCAAGUCUCCAACUCUGACUCGCCCGGCUUCUUAUACUCCAGUUCUCCAAAUGCCAACCAACCCGCACAGGGCUGGGAUCUUGUCUUGUUAAAAGCCUGUUGAUAAAAAAAAAGAACUCAAACGUGGCCACUGCCCCAUGUGAGUAUGUGACUGACUAGAAUAACAAAUUCUCGGCCGCACCGUCGCACUGGUUGAUUACCCGGUACAAGACAACGUCCUCUCCCUCCCGCUGAUCCGAAGCCUCCCUCGAGGUUUGCAGGCGCAGCGCAGGCACCGUCACAAGGCAACUGGGGGCGCAAUGUCCUGAGAGUUAGCAGUAGUCCGUUUUGCCCUGGCGCGGGGUGUGCGAUUCAGGCGAGAUCGAGCAUGAGGGCGUGCGCGCUCCCCCUCGUCCUCCUCGCCACCGCCGCGUUCUUCCCACUCUCCACCUCCACCGACACCCUCGGCACGUCCGCCUCCAUCGCCGGCAAUAACCAGACGCUCGUCUCGGCCGGCGACGUCUUCCAGCUCGGCUUCUUCAGCCCGGAUGGCGCCAGGACGUACCUCGGGAUUUGGUACUACAACAUCACGGUGCGCACCAUCGUGUGGGUCGCCAACCGCCAGAGCCCGGUCCUCAGCUCUCCAGCCGUCCUCCGGCUCUCCGGCGCCGACGGCCGCCUCCUCGUCCUCGACGGCCAGAACGGCACGGUGUGGGCCUCGGCGGCGCCGACCAGGAACGUGACCGCCGGCGCCACCGCGCGGCUGCUGGACAGCGGCAACCUCGUGCUCAGCUCGGACGGGAGCGGCUCCGACCAGAGCGUGGCGUGGCAGAGCUUCGACUACCCGACGGACACGCUGCUCCCGGGCAUGAAGCUCGGGGUGGACGCCAGGGCCGGCAUCACCCGGAACAUCACGGCGUGGCGCAGCGCGUCCGACCCGUCGCCGGGCGACGUCACCUUCAAGCUGAUCACCGGCGGGCUGCCGCAGUUCUUCCUCCUCCGGGGCAAGGCGAGGCUGUACACGAGCGGGCCGUGGAACGGCGAGAUCCUCACCGGCGUGCCGUACCUCAGCUCGAACGACUUCACCUUCAGGGUCGUGUGGAGCCCCGACGAGACGUACUACACCUACUCCAUCGGCGUCGACGCGCUGCUGUCGCGGCUCGUCGUGGACGAGGCGGCGGGGCAGGUGCAGCGCUUCGUGAUGCUCAACGGCGGGUGGAGCAACUUCUGGUACUACCCCACCGACCCGUGCGACACCUACGCCAAGUGCGGGCCGUUCGGGUACUGCGACGGCACCGGCCAGUCCCCGGCCUGCUUCUGCCUCCCGGGGUUCGAGCCACGGUCCCCGCAGCAGUGGAACCUCCGCGACGGGUCGGCCGGCUGCGUGAGGAGGACCAGCCUCGGCUGCGGCGGCGGCGCCAACGCCAGCAGCGACGGGUUCUGGGUCGUCGACCAGAUGAAGCUGCCGGAGGCCACCAACGCGACGGUGUACGCCGGCCUGACGCUGGAGCAGUGCAGGCAGGCGUGCCUCAGCAACUGCAGCUGCCGGGCGUACGCGGCGGCGAACGUCAGCGGGGGUGUCGACCGCGGCUGCGUCAUCUGGGCCGUCGAUCUGCUGGACAUGCGGCUCUACACCACGGACGUUGAGGACGUGUACAUACGGCUCGCGCAGUCGGAGAUAGACGCGCUCAACGCCGCAGCAAACCGCCGGGCCCCGAGCAAGCGCGUGGUGGUGAUCGCUGUCGUGGCGACAGUUACCGGCGUGCUCCUUCUUCUGCUGUCGGCCGGCUGCUGCUGCGUCUGGAGGAGAAAGAGGAGGGAGCGCCACGGCGAGACGGAUCCCUGCCCGGCGCCGCCGAGCGGCGGCGGAGACGACGCGCUCCCGUUCAGGGCAAGGAAGCAGCAGGCGCUGGACGAGGACUGGAGGAGCGCCGAGAAAGACGUUGACCUGCCGUUGUUCGAUCUGGCGGCGGUCCUGGCAGCUACGGGCAGCUUCUCCGCGAGCAACAAGAUCGGCGAAGGCGGGUUUGGUCCUGUCUACAUGGGAAAGCUGGAGGAUGGGCAGGAAGUAGCCGUCAAGAGGCUGUCCCGGAGGUCGAUGCAGGGGGCGGUGGAGUUCAAGAACGAGGUGAAGCUGAUCGCCAAGCUCCAGCACCGGAACCUCGUCAGGCUGCUCGGCUGCUGCAUAGACGAGGACGAGAGGAUGCUCCUGUACGAGUACAUGCACAACCAGAGCCUCGACACGUUCAUAUUCGAUGAAGGCAAGCGGAGGCUGCUAGGGUGGCAGAAACGCUUCGAUAUCAUUCUGGGGGUCGCGCGGGGUCUGCAGUACCUGCACGAGGAUUCGAGGUUCAGGAUCGUCCACAGGGAUCUCAAGGCGAGCAACGUGUUGCUGGACACGAACAUGGUCCCCAAAAUUUCGGACUUCGGCAUCGCAAGGAUGUUCGGAGGUGACCAGACCACGGCAUACACACUGAAGGUCAUUGGGACAUACGGCUACAUGUCCCCGGAGUAUGCGAUGGACGGCGUGUUUUCCAUGAAGUCCGACGUCUACAGCUUCGGCGUGCUGGUUCUAGAGAUCAUCACCGGCAAGAGAAACCGAGGCUUCUACGAAGAAGAGCUCGACCUCAACCUCCUCCGAUAUGCAUGGAUGAUGUGGAAAGAAGGCAGAGGCGCUGAUCUGCUGGACCCGGUCAUGGACGGCGGCGGCAGCGUCAACCACAGCGAGGUGCUGCGGUGCGUCCAGGUCGCCCUGCUGUGCGUCGAAGUGCUGCCCAGGAACAGGCCCCUCAUGUCGUCGGCGGUCAUGAUGCUGGCCAGCGAGAACGCGACGGUCGCCGAGCCGAACGAGCCCGGGGUCAACGUCGGGAAGAACACGUCGGACACGGAGUCGUCUCACGGCUUCACGGCCAACAGCGUCACCAUAACCGCCAUUGACGCUAGGUAGCUUUUGGAUAGAUUUGCCCUCACCAGAGCGCGACCACCGGCAGGUGAUUAUUCUAAUGACGACGCAGUCUGUUGUCUUGUAUUAACUGUGUACUCCCUCCGGUUUCCUAUUAGUUGUCGUUUAGGACAACGACACGGUCUCCAAAAUAUAACUUUGACCAAUGUUUUUUGUUAAAAUACAAAUGAACUCUUAAUACAUUUAUACUUUUAUAAAAGUACUUUUUAUGACAAAUUGACGCAUAUAAAUAUUAGGUUCCAAAACUAAAUAACAAAAUAGUUAUUUGUAGUCAAAAUUUUAUAAGUUUGACUCGAACCUUAUCCAAAACGACAACUAAUAGGAAACCGGAGGGAGUAUUUUGUACAGCAAAGGUUCCGUUGCCGAAGGCCUACAUCUCUCACUCGAAGCCUCCAGUAAUAUGUAAAGUUCAGAGCUUGUAAAGAUUUACAUUCAAAAGCCACCCGGUUCAAUUUGUUGAUGGAUUUUCAUUCA